AAUCUACGCGCUCUCUCUCUCUCUCUCUCUCUCUCUCUCUCUAUCCACGUCACUGACGCCACGCACUCUCACUUCCAGGAGGCCAAAAACCUCUCUAGAUUGUGUGGAGUCCAGGUCUCACUCACCUCAUUCGCUUAACAACAAAAGAUUUUUAUAAUAAAUCCCUCCUCCUGAUCGCUUGCUUUGAUUCCAAUCUUCUUCACCUCCUCCGUUGCUUUUUUCCGAUCUAAAAAAGAGGAAAGAAGGGAGGAGAAAGAGGCCGAAGGUGGCAGCUUUGAGAGAGAGGUGGAGGAGAGGAGGGGAAGGGAGUGAGGGGGGAAAGAUGAGUAUGUACGGGAGAGAUCCGUGGGGCGGGCCGCUGGAGAUAUCGAACGCGGACUCGGCGACGGACGACGAUCGGAGCCGGAAUCUGGAUUUGGACCGGGCGGCGCUGUCGACGUCGUCGCGGCCGCUGGACGAGACCCAGCAGAGCUGGCUCCUGGCUGGUCCCGGGGAACAGGGGAAGACGAAGAAGAAGUACGUCGACCUCGGGUGUCUCAUCGUCAGCCGGAAGAUCUUCAUCUGGACCGUGGGCACCAUCGUCGCCACCGCCGCCCUCGCUGGGUUUGUUACUCUCAUCGUCAAGACCGUCCCCCGCCACCACCACCCCCAGCCGCCGCCGGACAACUACACCCUCGCCCUUCACAAGGCCCUCAUGUUCUUCAACGCCCAGCGAUCUGGGCGGCUUCCCAAGCAUAACAACGUGUCCUGGAGAGGUAAUUCCGGGAUGAAGGACGGCAUCUCCGACCCGUCCUACGGGAGGAGCCUCGUCGGGGGCUUCUACGACGCCGGAGAUGCUAUCAAGUUCAACUUCCCAGCCUCCUUCGCCAUGACCAUGCUGAGCUGGAGCGUGAUCGAGUACAGCGCCAAGUACGAGGCUGCCGGCGAGCUCAACCAUGUCAAGGAGAUCAUCAAGUGGGGCACCGAUUACCUCCUCAAGACCUUCAACAACUCCGCCGACACCAUUGAUCGGGUCGCCGCCCAGGUUGGGAUCGGAGACACUUCAGGAGCAACGACACCGAAUGACCAUUACUGCUGGAUGAGGCCGGAGGACAUCGACUACCCGAGGCCAGUCUAUGUGUGCCACAGCUGCUCGGAUCUCGCUGCGGAGAUGGCUGCAGCUCUGGCUGCGGCAUCCAUUGUGUUCAAGGACAACAAGGCCUACUCCCAGAAGCUCGUCCAUGGCGCAGCGACGGUCUGGAAGUUUGCGAGGGAUCAGAGGGGGAGGUACAGCCCCAGGGGAUCAGACCCCUCACUCUUCUACAAUUCAACCAGUUACUGGGAUGAGUUCGUGUGGGGUGGGUCAUGGAUGUAUCUAGCAACGGGCAAUUCUUCGUACCUUUAUUUGUCUACUCAUCCCACUCUCGCAAAGCAUGCUGGUGCCUUCUGGGGCGGUCCAGAUUAUGGGGUGUUCAGCUGGGACAGCAAGCUCCCUGGUGCUCAAGUUCUUCUUGCCAGAUUGAGGCUAUUCUUGAGUCCUGGAUAUCCUUAUGAAGAAAUGUUGAGAACUUUCCACAACCAGACCAGCAUCAUCAUGUGCUCUUAUCUACCUAUUUUCACCUCUUUCAACCGAACAAAAGGUGGUUUCAUAGAGCUGAACCAUGGAAGACCACAGCCCCUUCAGUACAUAGUCAAUGCAGCUUUUCUUGCGGCUGUCUACAGUGACUAUCUUGAUGCUGCAGAUACUCCAGGAUGGUAUUGUGGUCCCGAUUUCUACUCUACCAAGGUCCUUCGUGAUUUUGCCCGGACCCAGAUUGACUAUAUGCUGGGCAAAAAUCCCCGGAAGAUGAGCUAUGUUGUGGGAUUUGGAAACCGCUACGCUAAGCAUGUUCACCAUCGAGGAGCAUCCAUUCCCAAGAAUGGUGUUAGGUAUAGCUGUAAAGGAGGAUGGAAGUGGAGGGACACUAAGAGGCCAAAUCCUCACACAAUUUUUGGAGCUAUGGUUGCUGGUCCUGAUAGACAUGAUGGGUUUCGAGAUGUUCGUACCAACUACAACUAUACCGAGCCUACUCUUGCAGGCAAUGCUGGUCUGGUUGCAGCACUAAUAGCUUUAUCUGGUGAGAAGAAUGGAGUGGAUAAGAACACUAUAUUCUCUGCAGUUCCACCGAUGUUUCCAACUCCCCCGCCACCCCCUGCAUCAUGGAAACCUUGAGGUAGCGAACACCAGUUUUUCCGUGCCUGGUGAUCGAUGAAUUAUGAUGAUUUUUUCAUCCCAGAUAUGGAGACCUAACGUUUAAGAGGAUGAUGCAAAAACCCUUGUUCAAGCAACUAACAAUGUGAAGCUUGGUGCUUCAUCUCUUUUUGUAUCCAAAUGUUGUUAUCAUGGCUUUGUGUUAUAUAUACAGGAUAUAUGAUAUUCAUGAAUUCUAAAAUAAUGGAUACCCAUUAUUCCAGUUGCCAAACUGGUUUUAUGCCGGCA